CGCAGAUACAAAACCCGCACGAAGGCCUCCUCGUACACAUACACUGCCGUCUGCGCAAUGUUUGGGAUGGCCGUCGUACUCUGGAUCAUCGACCUUCAAAAUCUCGUUAUCGAAGUGAAGAUGACGCUCCUUGCGACAUCUGACGCCACUCUCUCAGAUGAUUACUCCUCUGCUACCUCUUCUAUCCUGCGCCUGGCUUCCAUUGAAGACCUCCUCUACUCUUAUAUGACCAUUAUUGGUGACAUUAUUAUUAUCUGGCGCGUCCACGCUUUCUGGUCCAAUGGGAGAGAGAGACUUCAUCUUGGAACAGCGUCAUCGGCUAUGCUUACCUACUGCGCCGCUCGUCUUGGGGCGGACAUCAAGCUGGGCACGUAUCAACAUCCAGCCUUUUGCCGCAACAUUCAGACUACGUCUUACUCUAUGACGCUGGCGACUACGGCGAUUGCGACAAUUUUAAUCGCGCUCAAGGCCUGGUAUUCUGACACAUCGAACAGGCAGUACACCCGGACGUACUUCUCCGUCUUCAGAAACUCCGGUCCAAGGACUCGCACUCUGAGAGUCAUGGUCAUGCUUAUUGAGUCAGGCCUCCUAUAUAUGCUAUUCUUCGCGGUGCAGGUCAUCAUAAGUAUCAGCUCAGUGAAUGCCAAGAUAGAACAGAACGCGGGCCUGACUUUCGCCUUGACAAUCCAGCAGUAUACCAACAGCCUCAUUGUGGGAAUCUAUCCGACAAUCGUGGUUAUACUCGUCUAUUCCAAGCAUUCCAUCCUCUCCUCUCAGGCAGAAACAUCUGACACCGCUGUCGUGUUUGGACGUGGCCGAACGGCCACCGAAGGCAGUGCAAUGUAUCUCGACAGCACUGAGGAAGCAAUCACCCACAGUUCUAUGCUCCUCCAAGGCCGGGAUGCAGACCUGUUUGAGAUGGCACACGCUAAGUCUACAGAGAGUAGAAAUUUCGGUGCGAAGGAGGAAAAUAGCCUUGGGGUUCAAGUUCGGCGGUCUGUUGUGUACCGGAGCUAGGUUGUAACUCUCAAGACGAUUGAUAAUCUUUGUGCGCCCACCUCACAGAAUUU